AUGAAUAGACAACCAGCACAGGAAAAGUCUGUCAAUCAGGAGACACAGCAUGUUUGCGGAAAGACAAACGUGUACGUGUUUAACUGCUUCCAUGGAGCAACGCUCAACGACGUCCAUUUCUCAAACGACAACAAGGGGCAACAUAUCUACUACGGCCAUGUAUCCAACAUGGACGAGGCACAGGAGGUGGCAGAGCACGUGAACGAGUUUCUUGGUCAUUUGCAUGAACAGAUGAUGCCCAGGAAGCGACAGAAGACUGAGCAAACAGAACAGCACGAGGAGUUGGCAAAAAGGGAGCUACUGCCCACUCACACUCAGCCGGAGCCUGCUAUUCCUGAUCCAGUGGUACCACUGGACGUAAUGCAUAAAGAGCCCCCCGUUGAAGUUCUUUGUGGUUCCAAUCACUCGUUAAGCCAAGAGCAGGUGCAGUCGCUGCUGGUCGAAGAGAACGAGGUCUUCACGCGACUCCAUAACCUGCCGCUGACGCAGAGCGACCCGUUCUUCUACUUCAACGACAUGUGGCUUUCAAAGCUUGUUCGCGAAAACAAGUACAGAUUGGUCCACUACCAGUACAAAACAGAGCAGAACCUGCCCGUGAGUGCAGAGUCCUCCGUGUUCAAAGGUAUGGCUCCAAAAAACUGUCCCUACGUAGCCAUGACUUUUGCCCAGUGCACACAAUGCUCGCUUGUGCUUCCGUACAAGGGAAAAAAGAACCCGCGCAAAAACGACGGAAACGCGCUCUCGCACGCCAGAAGACACGAGAAGAAGGCUAACUGA